CCAAUUGCAGCGUUCGCCUAGGUCACGUGGUUAGAAACACGGAAGAUAGGAUGGAAGUGAUGUUUAGCUUUUAGUUGAAAACAAGUUUUUCUUAUGUUAUUAUUGUAAUCAUUAUAAAAUUUAUUGUUUUACUUGAGUAAUUAUCCGAGAUGAUACAAGCUUUAAAAAGUGUCAGACACGUCACGACCGGCACGGCGAAGCAAGCAGUUUCAGAGCUCUGUAUACCGGUCCCAUGGGGGGAGAUCAGAGGUAAAGCCUGGGGUCCUGAUCACGGUCGGCCGGUUCUGUGCCUGCAUGGCUGGGCUGACAACUGUGGGACAUUCAACACGCUGCUCCCUCUUCUACCCAAAGACUUCAGGUACGUUGCGGUGGACCUGGUAGGACAUGGCCGCUCAUCCCAUCGCCCUCCUGGGGUCCUGUACGCCUUUCCUUCUUACGUGAUGGACGUGUGCAGAGUAGUUGAUGCCCUGCAAUGGAACAAAUUCUCCAUCAUUGGCCACAGCAUGGGUGGUAAUAUAGCUGGGAUGUUCAGCGCUCUCUAUCCGGAGAUGGUGGAUGCUAUGGUACUUCUGGACUCUUACGGAUUCUUACCAACAGAUUCGAAAGAAAUGCCCAUGGUUUUACGGCAGGGGUUGGAUGAGAUGAUACAGUUUGAAAAGAAAAAAGAAGACAUGAAGACGAGAGUUUACACGUACGAAAAGGCUGUUGAGAGGCUUUUGGUCGGAAACCAAAGUCUGACCGAGGAGUCUGCAAAGAUCCUGCUGGAGCGAGGUCUAGUUGAAGUCGAAGGAGGAGUGGCGUUCUCUAGAGACUUUCGGAUCAACCUGAAAAACAUAGUACGCAUCAGUCUGGAGCAGAGUCUGGAGCUGCAGUCCAGGAUAGAAGCCUCUGUUCUAGUUGUCCUAGCAGAAGGUGGCUUUGAGAAGAUCUUUGCAGAAGCUGAUCAGAAGAAAUUUACAUCAGCUCUUCUUCAGGCCUACAGGGACCGAAGUAACACGGUGGUGAAAGUUCCAGGCGAUCAUCACGUCCACCUAAACAAUCCUGAAGUGGUGGCUCCUCUGGUGUCAGAGUUCCUGCAGAACAAAGCCGUCUCAGCGUCAGGAUCCAAAGAUGUUCACGCUCCUAAGUUAUAGUGAACAGGCUAUAGGACAAACCAUUUCACCGUACUAAUCUUAGGGACGUUUGUGAUUCAACGCUGUCAUUUGUGCGUUUAUAUACUGUAGCUCUGUUUACACUCACCUUGGUGCUUAAAUCAUCCAGCUGUUUCUGGAAGGUUUUGCUUGUGGUGAUGAAUAGGCGUAAAACUUAAGUGUUUGUUUAAAGUAACAUGUUUUGACAUGUUUUUUUUAAAUCAAACUAGAAUCGGUGGUGACAGCUCCUGCUUUAUGAGCAAGUAAGCAAGUUUUUUCAAAAGAAUCAUUUACAUUGAAUGCAUUAAUACAAUGUCUUCCUCUAUACCAAGGGCAAUCUAAGCAUUUUUUUAACAUCAUGGUUGUCAAAAUGUACAUCAAAUAAAGCUGUAAGACUUCUUUUACUUACUUUUUUCACCUUAGUGGCCUGACAUGAUUUUUAUUGCUGUAGUAACGGAGUUAAUAGCAAGUAAUACAAUUUUGUGAACAUUAAAUUAUGUUACUGUUGGAGAGAUGUAAGGUUGUGGAAAAAAUUUACGUUUUCAGUUCAAUUUAGUUCAAUUUCAAUUAAUAAACUGCUUAAUUUUAACUGCAUAAUGUAACUGAGAAAAUAGACUACCCACACCACUUCCUUUAGUUGACAGUGAUGAGUAUUAUCUCAGCUGUCCUUAUAGCAAGGUGUAAUGUCAACUGCAGGGGUUAAAGGGUGUACUCUGUUUUGUUUUUACACGUGUUGCAAUGUCUGAAAGCUGUCAAAGGUUAUGAAUCCAUGAAAUAUUUUUCCUAUUUUAUGUAUACUUGCAGCCCUUAAGUGAAUGUCCCUGCUUUUGUUUCACAUGCUAUAGCCUUUGGGUAUUAGAUGUAUUUAUUUAGGUCUGUUGUUUAAAUCAUCAGGCUGUUUAUGAAAAAUAAUAAUGCCACACACUCAACAUUGCCUAUAUAAAUUGUUGUGUUCCACAAGGUUCAGCCAAGGUCCAUUUUUAUUUCCUUUCUAUUUGCUUCCACCGAUUAGCAUUAUUCAGUCUUUUCUGAUAUUUGUUAUCACCUCUAUGGUGAUGCCUUUCAGAUGUCCUUUUAUUCCUAUAAAGUGUGCAGGCUGUCCACCCUAGUCUGCCAUUUGACAGCCUUUUCUUUUCUUUUUUUUAGGUUAUCCUGUCCAAAAUGCCAGUAUGACUUCAGACCUUUCUCCACCCAAAUUAUAUCCAAGCAUUACUCAAGUUCUUGCUUCCUUUUGCUUAAACAUCAAAUCCGUUAUUUUUGCUUUAAUAGCCUAUUCUUUUUUGGAGAUAGAUCUAAUCUGUUUUGUUUCAUGUUUGUUUAAUUGGGUAAUAAAAUUGUUGCCAGUGA